UCGCGUGGCUGCUCCCCUUUCUCCUUCCCUCCGCCCCUUGAUCCUCCCUCCUCUCCACGGAGAUGAGCGCGCGCACGCCCAGGCCCCGGGGCAGGCAGGGUCUCGGGGCUGCUGCGGGCAGCGAUGGGAGAAGGCGGGGACUCCAGCGCCCGGGGCUCCGAGCAGCUCCGGCUGGAGCUGGGGCAGGAGAAGCAGAUGAAGGAAAUGCUUGAACUCUCAAUAUUUGAAUUGAGAAACACACUAACAGAACUUGAAAGAAGACUUGGCAGUGUUGAGGAUGAAGGUAAUGAAUGGAAAACCAGAUAUGAGACACAAGUAGAACUGAACAGACAACUAGAAAGGCAAACUGGUCGUCUUCAAGAAAAGAUGGAACAUAUUCAUGGAAAUCCAACAGAUAGAUUGUCUUCUAUUCGCUCCUUUGAUCAAAUGCCCGUGUCAUUUCUGAAUGUGUUGAACAGCACUGCUCCCAGCUCCCAAAUGGCACCCCAGGGUUCCUUAAAUCAGCUUCUUAAACAACUAGAAGAGGAAAAGAGAAAUCUCCAGAACCAACUGAAGGAUUAUGAGCUUAGACUGGAACAAGAAGCAAAGGCUUACCAUAAGGCUAAUGAUGAACGGCGCAUGUACCUAGCAGAGAUCUCACAGACAUCAGCUACUCUUAAAAUUGCUGAGAGGCAGAAAACAGAUGCAGUGCAGAUCAAGAGGGAAAACCAAAUACUGAGAAGAAGACAUAAUGUUCCAGAAAAUCAAAGGAUUCUGGAUCCCAAAAAAGGACCAAUUAAAAAGACUGCAGGAGUGAAACAACUUCCAAAAUUAAAGCACUGACUUAAUAUUCUUACCAAGAACUUCCAAUCACUUUUAUUCUUAUUUCUAUAUAUUUAACUAAAUGUUUCUGAAGAAAAAUGUAUGUACCACAUUGAUUUAGGACACAUUCCAAUAACAAUAACUACUAAUGAAGAUCUGUGUGCCUCCUGGCAGCUUCAGAGGCUCCCUAUUCUGAGGGAAAAGUAGCCCUCUAUAAUCCUGUGGAAUAGCUCACCAAGCAGUUCCUGGGUGCCCUCUUAAUGCUAGUGAAGUCUAAGCCUUCCCAGCCUGAUUGCCAUAUGUGAAAACUGAAUCAAGGAAUCAUAGGAAUCAAGUUGGGUGACUCAGGGAAUCACUUAAAUGCCUUAUGCUAGGCAGGUUCUUCCCCACUUUGACUCCACAGCCAGUCAUUGAAAAAAAUUUAAAGUUUCUGGUUUUAGAGCUCUCAACGAGGGAGAAGAAGAGAGGAGUGAUGUGACCUGAAGAGUAAUCCCACUACCUAUACCAGAAGAAAAGAGUAAUACCCCAUUAGGAAUAGCCACUUAGCACACAAGCUACUGGGGAAACUCCCUUGAUUACUAGAGGAUGGGAAAACGGAUGGUUCUUUCUAGGAAGGCAACCACAAUUUUCAGGCCAGAGAACUUCCCCAGAAUAAUUCCGACAGCAAAACAUCCAAUCUUGAUUUAAAAAUUGCUUGUGAGGGAGAGCGGCAAAGAGUCCUGUGGCACCUUAUAGACUAACAGAUGUAUUGGAGCAUAAGCUUUCGUGGGUGAAUACCCACUUCGUCGGAUGCAUGCAUGGUGAGGGAGAAUUCACCAUAAUUCUUGGUAACUUGUUCCAAUGGCUAAUUACUCUGUGUUAAAAAUUUGCCUUAUUUUCUGUCUGAGAUACUGCCUCCCCAUUGGCUUAUUGGCUUUCAGCUCGCAAACAAUCAGGUUCUCGUCAGGUUCUCAGCAGCGGUUCUGGGGACAGGGUGCACCUAUGGCAUUGGGGAGGCAGAGCUGGGUGGGAUAAAAGUGGAGUCUCUUCCCUGCUGGCAUGACAGAGAGGCAGCCGGGCCAAACUUGACUGAUCAGGUGACCUGGCACAUGGGGUCACAAGACCACUCAAAUUUGGCCUGCCCACUCCUUUGUCACACCAUCAGGGGAGGGGCACCACUGUUAUGCCACCUACCUCUGGUCAAGGGCCAAGCAGGGGGACCUGGGCCCCCCUUUAUUGCACCCCUGGUUUCUUAACUCUCAGGUAUCCUUUUUAAAAAAAAGCUCGGCCUGCUAGAGUCCAAGCUUGGAGUCAGUCUCUUCCUCCUAUGACUAUGCAGCACAGUUCCUCUACCCUUAGGGCUGUGCUAUGUUCCAUGAACUCGCUGGCUUUGGCAGGGAAGACAGAUCAAUUCUAGGCCUGGCCUGUAAAUGACCGUGCUAAAAGGGAUGGCUUCUGCAGAGCCAGUAUCCACAGCUGUCAGCAGUUUGCAUGGCUUGGAAUUCCACUGCUGUUUUCAGCUGGGUAGGGCCCUUACUGUAUAAACCAAAGUUUUAAUGUGUUUUGCAAAUGUCCCCAAAUGAAUAUUGUUACCUAAAGAUUCUUCAAAGUGUACCUAUUGUGAAUGAAGGGUUCUAUCUUAAAAUCCUAUGUAUAUUUCUUGUUUGCUGGUGUAUAUAUUUUAGUAUAUGAAAUCUAAACUUACAAACUGAUGUUUCCAUCUAAGGCCCCGAUCCUGCAAAGACUUCCAGUGUACUUCAGUGGGACUGCUCCCAUGUAUCAUUGCAGAUUUGCAGCCUAAGUAGUACCAUACUUUUAAAUUACUGCCCUGUAAAUCACCGCUGAGGGAUUAUUUGAAGUAUUUUGAAUUAUAUCUUCAAUCUUAAGCAUGCAAUUAUUGUUGCAGUUUCUUUGCCAACAUAUUUCAGUAAUUGAACUUUGGCAGGCUUUUUUUUUUUUUUUUUUUUUUAACUGCAGAAUAGUGAAGAGAAUGUUUUGGUAUUUAAAAGUCAACCUUCUAGGUUAGAUUUAAAAAGCACUCUUCAGAAUAAAUCUGAUUGAUGGACUCUUUUCAUUUUAAGAGCUUCUGUAGCUCUUCACAGUGUUCAUUAAAGCUUUUUGUCUCUUUAAGAGCAGUGCUAAUAGCAUAGUUUCUUAUCAGUGGCAGCAUUAAAGUGAGGCUGCAAUUAAAUUCAUACAGAAAGAACAUGAUGUCAUUGCUAAAAUGCAAGAAAACAAGAACUGUAAUGAUAUACAGCACAUUCAUUAUGGAAACACCAUUUCCUCAUCUAGAUUGAGAUUUAUAAGAUAUUUAUACUGUUUCUAUGAUACAGCUGGUAUGGUUCUUUAACAAGCAGACUGGUCUGUCUGACCCUUUUAGCCCCCCAAAACAGUUGAAAGCCUAGCACCGAUGAUUAGGUUAGCAUCAUUCUGUUCCAGUUUUUCCAUAUGGAAAGUUUUCAGAUUCUGACUGUUCUGGCAAUUGUCCUUGGCGGGGUGGGGGUGGUAACAUAAUGCUCCCAUUAGCAUAAAAGGUAAAGAACAUCUGCUAUAGUGAAGGUGAUCCCAUUCUUGGAUACAUUCAACAGCCAGGCAUAUUCUUUCAUCUAUAUCAGGCGGUUGUAAGCAUAGUCAAUUGUGAUAAUUUUAAUAGGCUUUAAGGAACUAGAACCCUGCACACUGAUACAGGUGGAACAGCUGUUUGUGCUAACUCAUCAUUCAUAGCACAGAUUUUUUUCACAUGUACCAUGUGACUGGUCCUCACUGAGGACAUACAUUUGAAGUUUUAAAGUUCAAUCAGUUUAGUUUUCUGCCUGUUCUGAUGAUGUGGAGGACUAGCAGAGUAGAACACUCUGUAAACUAGUGAAGGGAGGCAGAGGCUAAAAACAGAAACAAAAUCUAACAUUUUAAAUCUAACAUAGCAGUUUUCAAGUAUAAAAGGUUGUUACAAGGUGAAGGGAGAAAAAUUGUUCUCCUUAACCUCUGAGGAUAGGACAAGAAGCAAUGGGCUUAAAUUGCAGCAAGGGCAGUUUAGGUUGGACAUUAGGAAAAACUUCCUAACUGUCAGGGUGGUUAAGCACUGGAAUAAAUUGCCUAGGGAGGUUGUGGAAUCUCGGUCAUUGGAGAUUUUUAAGAGAAAGUUAGACAAACAACUGUCAGUAAUGGUCUAGAUAAUACUGAGUGCAGGGGAGUGGACUAGAUGACUUCUUGAGGUCCCUUCCAGACCAAUCAAUUCUGUGAUUAAGCUGCUUAUUUAAGCCUUAAAACAUUGGAGUUUUAGCAGGUUCUUUCUUUAUCUAUAAACUGUGGAUUGAGAAAUUGAUCCAUAUAAACACACACUUUACUCUCAGCAGAGAUGCGUUUUUGAGUUUCCAUUUCUUCUCCCAGCCCUUUCGGACCUAAGAGCAAUGUGAGGGACUAGAAAAGAAAAUAUUGUUUCUUUGUAAAAAGAGGGUUCCUUUUAUUUCUGGCUGCAAGUGUGUCAGGUUUUUUCUUUUUACUUGAAUUUAACUCUUGUACUGUUAUUUUUUUUUUAACAGCUUUCCUGUGCUAUGGUGUUUUGUUUGUUGGUCAGGUGCGGGGGGGUGUUGUUUUGGGUUUUUUAAUUUUCUUGGUUUAUUUUGUAUGAUUUAUUCUUCCCAUACUGUCCAA